GGUGAGUACACGGUUCUGCGCUAGCGGGCCUCGGUGAUACAUUGUAGUUUCGUGCCGAUCAGACUGACGCUGACUCGGAGCGGCUCUCGCAAAUAGGCAGAAGUGCUUCGGCCAGCUAAAGGACUCACACUGGUUUGCUGGUGAUCAGAAUAAACUGGUAGAGCUACCAGCACCCCCUACAGUGUAUGUGUGGCAACAACAUGUCUGUGCCGCCGCUUGCUGAGGCCGUGACGGUAUCGGGGUUGGAGAAGGAGACCGCUGCGGUGAUCUUCCUCCAUGGGCUUGGAGACACAGGGGAAGGUUGGGCGGAGACCUUGAUGUCGAUCAGGCUGCCAUACAUCAAGUACAUCUGCCCUCAUGCGCCCCUGAUUCCUGUCACCAUCAACAUGAAGACGACGAUGCCUGCCUGGUUUGACCUGAUGGGCCUCAGCCCUGACUCUCCAGAGGACGAGGCUGGCAUCAAGCGAGCAGCAGAGAACAUCAAGGCCAUCAUAGACCACGAGACUAAGAACGGGAUUCCUGCCAAUCGUGUGGUGCUGGGCGGCUUCUCUCAGGGUGGCGCAUUAUCUCUCUACACAGCCCUUACCUGUCAGCAGCAGCUAGCUGGUGUGGUCGCUCUCAGCUGCUGGCUACCACUACACAAGACCUUCCCUCAGGCAGCGAGCGGCAGUGCAAACCGGGAGACGCCCAUCCUGCAGUGCCAUGGGGAGUUGGACCCCAUGAUUCCCAUUGUGUUUGGAGCACAGACUGCAGAAAAGCUCAAGACUAUUGUCUCACAGCAGAAAGUCACCUUCCGCACCUUCCCUGGCCUUCCGCACAGCUCCUCCCCUCAGGAGAUGUCUGCAGUGAAGGCCUUCAUCGAGAAGCAGCUGCCCCGGAUUUGACCUUCUUCAUGCACUGUGAACCUAUACAGUGAUGUCACCUCCGACCUGCCAUUCCCUCACAGGAAACAGCCAUGAGCACCCUGCUAUCCCCCCCCCACCCACACCCACACACACACCCACACUAUACAGAUGUAC